AUGACCACUACGCUAACGUCUACACACACAAUGCCUACGCUCACCACCCAUCCCGCGAUCCCUAGUAGGGACUACAUGGAGAUCGUCAAUGAGUGGCGCGCGAAAUUAAACAUGGAGGCUCUUGUGCAUGACCCUGAGCUGGAAACCAAUGCCAUGGACGCCGUGGUGGCAGGGAACGGCGCCGAGACCCACAAGCUCAACCCUGGUACCUUUGGCCAGGUGAUAGCUCCAGGCAAGCUAGACACCUUCGAACACGUCUUCGUAGGUGGAUGGCUCUGCGAGAUUCCUGAUCUUCCCGGACUGGGCGACGUCUGCGCAAGUCAGUCGGUAGGCUGGAACCACAACGGGCAGACGGGCCAUGCAGAGAUCCUCACAUCGAAGGAUUACGCGCGUAUUGGAUGCGCGUUGUAUGCUGAUGUUUGGUGCUGCGACCUUGCAUGA